CUAGCCGAUUUCGCAUCCGCUUAUAAAUGUCGCACUGCUCCUAUAUAGGUACUCUGCCGUCUGGGCCGCAUUUCUUCCAUACCGGACCGAGUCACGGAUCCUUCGCCUGUUUUCAAACAGAGACGCGGAUGAACUGAUAAAGACCAAUCGCCCCGCCAGCUCUCACUAUUGACCCAUAUACCCGCACAAUCGAAUUCACGACUCCUGGUACGUCUCCCUGGCAUCCUUGUCAAAGAAACAACAACCUUUCGCGUCGACGCUCUCACCUUAGCGACCAUGGCUAUGUCCAAUGCUACUCAAGGCGCCAUAAUACUCACAGUCUUUCUCCUGCCCAUCGUCACAUAUCUUUACUUAGCCCGCAGCCAACAGAAAAGCUCAGCCGGCCCACUUCCCCCGCCAACCGAGAUCACGAAUAUUUUCAUCCAUCCUAUCAAGUCGUGUCAUGGCCUGACGGUACGAUCCGCACGUCUACUUCCUACGGGCUUAGACCUAGACCGCCAAUGGAUGUGGGUUACGUACCCGAACUACGAGUUCUUGACUAUCCGCAACUUAUCGAAAAUGACCCUCAUCCGGCCCACCUACAACGCAGAAACUGAUACCCUGGCUGUGACCGCGCCAGCACCGGACUCCAUAGACGAGAAACUGCAUUUCGAAAUCCCAGCUCAUCCCUCCUCGGAGUGGCUCUCCGCGAACACCGAAGUCGUAAACGCCAACAUUUGGGGCCACGAGACAUCCGCUCACGCUUACUCUCCAUCCCUGACCGGCCCCUUCAACGCCUUCUUCGGCAAGGAAGUCAGACUCGUGUACAAGUCGCCCUUCUCAGACUCCCCACGGGCCUUGGUAUCGAACGGUAAGAAGUCUGUCCUCGGCAGAGACGCCUCAACCAUCUUCCCAGACCUGAUGCCCAUCCUCGUCGGCUGCGAGUCCAGCAUCGACGAACUCAACACACGCCUCCAAGCCGCCGAGAGCCUGUCCAUCGACGUGCGCCGCUUCCGGCCCAACAUCCUGGUCAAGGGCGACAAGCCGUGGGACGAGGAUCGCUGGAAGACUAUCCGCAUCACGUCUAAAUCCGGGAAGGAUGUUUUUACGUCGGAUGUCACGCAGAGAUGCGCGAGAUGUCAGGUUCCGAAUGUGGAUCCCGAGACGGCGGAGAAGCAUAAGAGGCAGCCGUGGGAUACGCUCAUGAAGUAUCGCAGGGUGGAUGAGGGGAUCAAGUAUAAGCCUUGCUUUGGGAUGUUGUGUGUGCCAAGGGGAGAGGGCGGGAUGCUGGAGUUGGGGAUGAAGGUGGAGGUUACGGAGGUUACGGAUAAGCAUAGGAUUAUUUCGGGAUUUUGAAGAGGUGGAUACUGGCAUGGCAUGUAGGUGGCGUGGCGGAUAAGUUAGGGUUUAGUGAGGAGUUAAUUUAUCUGUAGGACAGCUUUUCUGACUCAGGAGACCCGUUUGCUUUAAGGGGUCAGACAUGUCAACCGCAGAGGAUCAAACAAAUAAUU